AUGUCCUUCUCCGCCUCGAAGACGGGCUUCUCCGUGAGGGACAUCCUGGACCUCCCCGACCCGGCCGGAGGGUCUGGGCCCGAGGAGACCGAGGACGAAGGGUUGACGCACCGGGUCGUGGACCCGACCCGAGGCGGAGCCGUCAAACAAGCGGAGCUAGAGAGCCGACUGAGCCCGAACAGUUCCGGGAACUACACGAGAUGGGCGGAAUCAGCGAUCCACAGUCUCGCGGCGGGCUCGAGGUCCAAGUCUCCAGAACUCUCCACGGAUGAGUCCCAGGACGUGGACCGCCUCACGGGGCGCGAGGACGGCGUGAAGAAGCGGAAGCGGCGCGUGCUCUUCUCCAAGGCGCAGACCUACGAGCUCGAGCGGCGCUUCCGGCAGCAGCGCUACCUGUCGGCGCCCGAGCGCGAACACCUGGCCCGCGCGCUGCGACUGACGCCCACCCAGGUGAAGAUCUGGUUCCAGAACCACCGCUACAAGAUGAAGCGCGCGCGGGCCGAGAGGAGCAUGGAGAUGAUCCAGCUCGUGUCGCCUCCGCGGCGCGUGGCCAUCCCCAUUCUGGUGCGGGACGGGAUGGCGUACGAGGGCUUCAGGACGCACGAGGCCGUGGAGGCCACCCUCAGGGCCGGGCUGCCCCUCUCCACGUGCAGUGGCUACUCCCUGUCCCACAUGCACGUGCACUCCCACUAUGGGCCGGACGUGAUGUCGCAGCUGUCCGGCUUGCACGGGCUGUACCGCUGGACCUGCCCCGGGAAAUAA